AUGGAUGAUACUUGUUCUUCGCCGAAUUCAAAUCCAGAUGUUUGUCCAAAUGCAAUAUGUUUGUCAUCAAAUUCAAGCCAAAAAAGAACAUGUAUGCAAUGGAAUAUCGAAAAAGAUAUAAUGAUGAUGAGGGAAGUGGCAGCUUUAGGUGUCUUAAUUCAAAAGCCUGGAAAAAUAACUGAAUAUGAUAUUUUGGUUGAAGAAUUAAUUGAAGUCAGUGAUGACACAGAUGCUCAGAAAGAUGAAAAAUCUCAAGAAAAAAAAAAUGCAGUAGAUGAAGAUCGUGUGAAAGCUAUAGAUAUAAGAAAUACUGCUAUGGAGCGUUAUGGGGAAACAAGGAAACGGAAAGCCCUUAAUAAUGAAGACAAGUCUCCAAAGACAUCUCGCAGAUCAUCAAAUGAUACAUUGAUAUUUUUGCGUGAAAAAUGGAAGCAGAUAAAGAAAAUAGACGCAUUGAGCGAGAAGAAAGAGCUGAAGCAAGAGCUCUUGCUCAGCAACAACAAAAUAAUAUUCAAAAUAUGUUUAAUCAUAUGUUAGCUCAACAAACAGAAAUAUUAAAAAUGUUAUUAGAAAAAAGAAAUUUGUAAAAAGAAAUUUUUAUUUUUAAUAAACUAAAUUUUUUCUUUUGAACUUAAUUGUUAUGUUAGCAUUUUUUUGGGAAUAAAUAAUUCUUUGUGUGACUAUC